UAGAAUCCUUUGAACUUGUAAACAAGAAAACAAGUUUUAGAAAUCAGAAGCGUGUGUCGCGUGCUUAUAAUUAAUUAAAGUUAAAGUUUCCUUUUUCAACGUUUCAAGACGUUUUCAAAAAUACAAACACACUAAGAAAUUCGCCAACAAAGAUGUCUAGCUCCACUGGUGGUUUGGAAGAAAUUGGGAUUCCUGGACCGGCAUUUCUAAGGGAAUCUCUAACAAGCUGCAGCGACCCUCUUAAAGCUAUAGAAACUUUCCAGAAAGAAAAUGGAAUUUUGCUCAAUUCUCUUCGCCCGAUGCUUCCCCUGUUAGACCUGCACGAGGUGCAACGACUUGAUUUUCACAAUUCGGUUUUAGAGGAGCUCAGAGAAAAGCUAAUUUCUCAAAUCAAUGAGAUCGGUAAAAAAGAAGGCAAAGAAAGGGACAAAAAAUUGAAGGAACUUCUUGCGAAGAGUUUCCCUGUCAUCAAAGUAAAAACGCUGAGACCCGUAGUCAUGUGCAUACUUCGCAACACUCCUCAUAUUGAUGAAAAAUACUUGAAAGUCCUAGAAAGAGACCAAGAAUUGUACAACGACACAGACACAGAGGUCAAGCGACAAAUAUGGAAAGACAAUCAGUCCCUUUUUGGAGACGCAGUCACGCCACUCCUCGGCGAGUACAUUCUGGAGAAAGAAAAAAUUCUCUUUGAUCACGAGAAUCUAAACUCGUUGUUCUUCUCUUCAUCCCCUAAAGCUCGGCGCCAGGGGAAAGUAGUGCAAAAGUUGGCCAACAUGGUUGGCAACUCAGUCCGACUCUAUGAUUUGGUCUUGCAGUUUUCGCGCACGCUGUUCCUGCGAUCAAAAAAUGUCCACUACUGCACCCUUAGAGCUGAGCUUUUAAUGGCUCUACAUGACUUGGAAGUUCAAGAAAUCAUUUCUGUGGACCCGUGUCACAAAUUUACGUGGUGCUUGGAUGCAUGUAUUAGGGAAAAAAAUGUUGACAUCAAGAGAUCUCGAGAACUGCAGGGGUUUUUGGACAGCAUCAAAAAGGGCCAGGAGCAAGUCCUUGGUGAUCUGUCCAUGAUCUUGUGUGACCCCUACGCAGUCAACUUCCUCGCAACGUCGGCAAUGAAGAUUUUGGUGCACCUCAUCAACGUAGAUGGCAUGCCCCGGGAAAACACGGUCUUAAUCUUGUUAUUGAGAAUGUUGGCUCUUGGGCUCAGUGCGUGGCAAAUGAUCAGCACACAGGAAUUCAAAGAACCAAAACUGGACAGUCAGGUGGUUACGAAAUUCCUUCCCGCGCUAAUGUCGCUAAUGGUUGAUGACCUGGUUCGCUCCCUGAACUCAAAACUUCCACCUGAUGAAAGAGAAUCGGCCAUAACUAUCAUUGAGCACUCAGGACCACCACCCGAUGCCUGCCAAGCGUAUGUCCAGGAGAGCAGUGUGGCCAGCAUUCUAGCGAUGUAUUACACACUACAUUGUGCCAGGACAAAAGACCGCGUAGGAUUGAUGAGGGUUCUCGGCACUCUGGCCAACUGCGAGAACGACCGUGCGUUUGAAGAUCCAUUCCUCCAUUCCUUGAUUUCCCUACUUAUCAACAAUCCUGAUGAAUUUGCUGCUGAGGAUUUCUGCACAGUUCUGUUUGAUGAAUUUUUCUUUGCUGGAAUUACCAGAGAUAACGUCUCUCGUCACAUCUUGAAACUGUUGUGGUACGUGCACGCAAAACUUCCAACCAACAGGUUGGAGACACUCGUGAAAGCUGUCCAACCCACUAUGCAGCAAAACACUGAUGUCCAUAAACUCUAUGGUGACCUCCAGAACAAGCUGGAAGCAUUGCUAAACGACAAUUCACAGGAUGAUGGUUUCGCAAAACCAGAAGACUUUGAAUCGCCGCUAAUGAGUGUGCCGACCCCUGCGCCGUUGGCUUGAGUGUGUUGUUACUUGCACUGCUGUAUAAAACUAUGUUACUUCCAACUAUUUCAUGUAAAAGUUAUGAUUAGGUCAUCUUUUAAUUUUUGAUUUUAAAUUUACAAUUUUGUAUUUCCUUCUGGAUUCUUUGCAUGUCCUGCAAAAUAUCAAUAUUUGUUGUGAUAAUGUCAUUAUUUAAAAUUAUUUUUUAACGCUAAGCUGAUUUACUAAAGGGAUCAAGAAAUGGGUGUAUUUUCUAAGGGCAAUUAAGAUAGGUUUGAAAUAAAAUAUUACUAGGUAGAAAAUUAACAAUACAAAA